AUGAGUGUGCUUCUUGCGCAAAUUCUUGCCUUUGCACCGCUUGCAAAUGCGAGGACGCUGCGAGCUGAUAUUAUGCCGGUCAACGAGCAACAAACAACGAAUCGAACAGCAAGUUCUCGUGUUUUGGAAGGGCCCCAAGAAAGAGACGAAGUGGAUCUUAAUCGUUGUCCGCGGCUCUGUCAAGAAGAGGGUCAAGACUCUGAUGUAUUUGAUGCCUGCGUCCGAUGGUGUGGACCCUGCUUGGAGGAAGAUCUUGGCGAUGAAUUUUGCAUCGAUGAAUACAUGGAGUGGACUGGCAUAGCGCCACCAUGGCUUGGCAUGGACAUCAGCAACAUCACGGAAGAACCCAAACCAUUGUGCCCACUGGGGUUUUCGGCAGGAGAGUUUUGGUACACCAGUGAUCCCUUUUGGAAUCUUCAAAAGGUUCGUAUAGUUGGUGUUUAUAACAACACAUCGGAGGAGAGCCAAAGAGUGCUUCCAGAGUUCUUCCAGAUAUGGACCAAGAACUUGGAACAAAAUGACAGGCCUUAUGUGCCCCCUACAGCUUUGGAGGAGAGCUUUGGUGACGAUGUAGUCGUCGAGUCUGGGGCCACAGUGGAACUAGCAGUAACAAUCGAUCUUAAACUUGCCCCUGAGGAUGAUGACGCCAUAUUUAUGAGAGUAUAUACUAAGCCCGGAGGCUUUGACCCAUUGCAGUUUGCUCUUGUAUCCGCCCAAAUCACCUGCUUUGAUGAGGUGAUGCCUUUGCCACCACCACAGCAGGCAUGCCCAACUCAGUUUCUUCCUGGACGAAGCGUGUACAUCAGUGAUCCUCCCUAUGAAAACAUUCGGGCCGUCCAAGUCACUGCAGACUUCAAGAAUCUUCGCGACAUGCCCCUAACCAUCAUGUCCGAUCCGUUUCAGGCAUGGACACAGGGUCCAAACGAGGAAAAUUACGACAAGCCGCCCUCCGUAAUGAACCCUGACGCCGAUGGGCGAGUGAUCCAACCUGGGGAAACAACCACAGUUUUCUUUACCAUUGAUCUGCGUGAUUCUCCGGACUAUCACUCAAAAAUUAGCAUCCGUCUGUACACCUUUGAGUUAGGGGGCAAUCAAGAGGGCAUCGAUCUUGUGGAUACAACAAUAGUCUGCAUCACGUAG